GAGGAGUCAGGAAGGAGAGAGAGAGAUCAGAUUUAUCCGGGACAGAAGUUCAGCUCCGCCGUCAAAACACGUCCGAACCGCCGGUCAGUCGAGCCCCUGGACCGGUGCAGGUUCAGGUUCAGGUUCCAGGUUCCAGGUUCCAGGCUCCAGGUUCCAGGCUCCAGGUUCCAGGUUCCAGGUUCAGGUUCCAGGUUCGGGAGGAGGAAGUUCCCUCCCGAACCUCCGACAGGUGUGUGCUGGCCACGCCCCCUCGCCGCCUAGCCACGCCCCCUCACCACAUCAGCCACGCCCCCUCACCGCCUAGCCACGCCCUUUCACCACAUCAGCCACGCCCCCUCACCGCCUCAGCCAAUCAGUGAUCUCGGUGGCACCAGGUGACCACGUCGGGGGUCGAGGUCCAACAGUGGAGUCAAGUCAUCCCAGUGGGAGAGGAACUCUUAUUGAUCCCUGAUCGGCUCCUGAUCGGCCCGUGAUCGAUCCCCUAUCGAUCCCUGAUGGGUCUCUGAUCGGUCCCUGAUUGAUCCCUGAUUGAUCCCUGAUUGAUCCCUGAGCAGUUCCUGAUCGGCCCCGAUUGAUCCCUGAUCGGCCCCUGAUCGACCCCUGAUCAGUCCUUGAUUGAUCCCCGAUCGAUGGCAGCUUCAGACGUCCCCGCCGAACCGCAUCCCCAUCAGACCUCGACUUCCCCCACUUCCACUCUCCCUCCGCGGGCGGCUAGCGGCCCCCCGACCCGCCACGCCUCGGUGGCCAUCGGCUCCCCGACCCGGCAUGACCCGGCAGACGAGCGCGACGGUCCGGUCCGGUCCGGCUGCAGCCGGCUGAGCGGCCUGCUGAAGCAGAAUCAGCUGGUCCAGUCCCUGAACCGGCUGCAGCGCCGCUGCGACUACGUGAAGAUCACGGUGUCGGAGGAGCGCGCCAACCGCCUCCCCAACGAGUGGUGGAAGACGGGCGUCGCUUUCCUCUAUGCCGCCUUCAACCUGGUCUUCACCACCGUGGUCAUCACCGUGGUGCACGAACGGGUCCCGGACAAGUCCGUCAGCCCGCCGCUGCCCGACAAGUUCUUCGACUACGUGGACCGCGUGCCCUGGGCCUUCACCGUCACCGAGGCCAACGGCCUGAUCCUGGUCGGGCUCUGGAUGGUGCAGUGGAUCUUCCUGAAGCACAAGUCCAUCGUUGGCCGCCGGUGCUUCUUCCUGAUCGGGACUCUCUACAUGUAUCGCUGCGUCACCAUGUACAUCACCACGCUGCCGGUGCCGGGAAAGCACAUGGUCUGCGCCCCCAAGCUGUACGACGACUCGACGGGGAAGGUCUGGAGGAUCCUGCGUCUGAUCUCCGGAGGAGGUCUGUCGCUCACCGGCUCUCACCUGAUGUGUGGAGACUUCCUGUACAGCGGCCACACGGUGAUGCUAACGCUAAGCUACCUGUUCAUCAAGGAGUACUCGCCCCGCUGGAUGUGGUGGUACCACUGGUUCUGCUGGCUGCUCAGCGCCUCCGGGGUCGUCUGCAUCCUGAUUGGCCACGAGCACUACAGCGUGGACGUGGUCGUCGGCUACUUCGUCACCACCCGGGUCUUCUGGUGGUACCACACCAUGGCCAACGCACACGAGCUGCGUCACGACCCCAACAACUUCCUGUCCCGGACCUGGUGGAACCCCGUCUUCAACUUCCUGGAGGGGAACGUCCAGUCCUCCGUCCCCCUGGUCUUCUGCUCCCCGCUGGGCCUGCUGUCCUCCUGCAGGCUGAGGUACCGCAUGGUGGAGGGCGGGAGGGACGAGUGAGGACGAGUGAGGACGGAGGGA